AUGCCAAGUGUCCAAACUCUGCACGAAGCAACCUCUUCCCACUUCUACGAUGUCUGGGCGACCUUCCCCUUCCUCGAGUUGCCUGGCGAGAUCCGCAACAAGAUUUAUGAUCUUACGAUUCCACGCAGCCACGUCCUUGUGAUCGGCAGCCACCCACAACGCGAGUUCCAAGCCUCACAAAAGCACGAUCUUGAUCCCAUCCGCAAAAUACCUCGCUACCGUUUGAGUGGGCACGUCCUCUCCCUCGACACUACUGAUGCCGAUCCGCUGGGCUUUCUCCGGACCUGUCGCCUGAUCAAUCAAGAAGCCGUUCCGGUAUUCUACUCAAAGACAACCAUCUGCUUCAACAACAUCAAGACCAUUCACAAAUUCCUGAAUAUCGCUCCAGCCUCGGGCCUACAGAGCGUAUCAAAGAUCAGUCUCACCAUUUCCAGCUACGGUGAGCCGCGCUUGACCAGAGACACCAAGUGGAAGAACAAGCAGGACAAACGGUGGGAGGACACCUGCGCCCGACUCGCACGAAACAUGACCAACCUUCGUUGUCUGGAGCUAGACUUGAGACUGGCAACCUGGCCGACCCAGCUCAGCGUGAAUGCAGACUGGACUACACCUCUGAUGAAGCUCAAGGGCGAUGGUCUACAUUCUGUCCACCUGACUCUGCGACACUACCGAUUCAACCAAACCCGGCUAGGAAUGGCAGCUCGCCAGGCAGCGGACCGAAUGAUGACUGCGGAGGGUCGCGAGGAACGGGAUCUGGACGAGGCUUUGCAGGCCGUGCGAGAGUUUGAGAUUAAGCAAGCACACAAAGAGUCUUUGCCAAUCCGUGCACGUAAGGUACUCGUGAUCAAUGAUGAGGACGGCGCCAAAGCCAAAUUCAACAAGGCCGAGGCGAAGCAAGUCAAUAACGAAUGCCACAAAGCCUCCUCGAAGACAUAUUACCGCACCAAAGGACUAGCCGGCUUUCAUCGGGUUGAAUUGAGUAUGGUUGGAGUUGCUUGGGUUGGACCCUGA